AUGUAUUAUUUUUUCUUCUUUAAUUAUCUAAAGUGCAUAUAUCUAGGAGACUAUAAAUCGUUUUAUUUAUUGCAGUAUUUAGAAGUACGGUAUAAAUCUCGUGGAAUCCGUCUAAUGGGAACAUGUGUGUCUGGACUUGGAACUAUAUUUUACAUGGGCAUUGUACUUUAUGGUCCCGCAAUAGCCUUAGAUGCAGUCACAGAAUUUCCAGUUUGGGCGUCCAUAGUACUGGUGGCAUCGGUAUCCGUGCUGUACACGUCUUUAGGCGGUAUCAAGGCAGUGAUCUGGACAGACGUGUUUCAGUGUCUGGUUAUGCUCAUUGGCAUGUUUUGUGUCAUCAUCCAGGGUACUAGAACUGCCGGUGGGUCAGCAAAUAUGUUUAAAAUCGUCCGGAAUAACGGAAGACUUAAUUUCUUCAAUUUUGAUCCCGAUCCGUUCGUGCGUCACUCUUUUUGGAGCCUGGUAGUUGGAGCUACUACACGAACAACAGGUCUGGUAUUCAACCAAUCAUCUGUACAAAGGAUCAGUUCAAUGCCUACACAACGUGCUGCAAACAGAGUCCUCCUGUUUGCUGGUCCAGCGUUUCUGUUCACUAUGUCGUUAGCAGCAUUUGAAGGAAUAAUCGCUUACGCUUAUUUCUACUCUAAAGGAUGCGACCCUUUAGCAUCAAAACAAAUCACCAAUCAAAAUCAGGUAAUUCCAUUCAUGGUACUGGACAUCUUUAGGAAUCUACCUGGCAUGUCGGGUCUCUUUUUGGCCUCGCUCUUCAGUGCUUCUCUAAGUACUUUAUCCUCCGGGUUAGCAAGCUUAUCAGCUCAACUGACAGAAGACAUCAUUAAACCUACCUUUAAAGGUUUCUCGGAUUUCAAAAUAACACUAAUAGCUAAACUUUCAGUGCUAGUGUUUGGAAUGGCAGCUGUCGCAGUAUCAUUUAUGAUAAUCAACAUUGAGGGUCCUAUCACUCAGGUUACGUACAGUAUUCUAGCAGCAUUUGGUGCUCCAAUGACGGGUUUGAUGUUUUAUUCAGCAUAUUUCCCAACGGCCACCAAAAAGGGGGCUGUGGCCGGAGUAAUCAGUAGCAUGUCCUUUAUAUUCUGGAUAUCAAUGGGACAAAGUUUUUCCACAACCUUGAAGAAGACUCCAUAUCUUCCCGCGGGUCCGACGGAUCAAUGCCAAGCUUUUGGGAUGAACACUACUGGUUUAUUGAACAACACCUACUUAUUGAACAACACGUAUUUUUACUCGUCGACUGAACCCUCCGCUAUCACGCAAUCAGUAUUUUCGGGAUUAAAGGAAAAUGAAGGUAUUGAUAGGCUGUAUGCCAUUUCCUACCAAUGGCUUGGUACGUUGGGUAUUAUUAUCUCCCUCGUCGUUGGCUCGCUCGUCAGUUAUUUCACAGGACGGCCUGAUCCUGCUGACGUGGAUGUUCGAUACAUACUUCCAAUAAUAGACCACGUAUUUCCCUUCUUACCAAAGCGUUUCAGGACCUGGUGCUAUGGUGGUGCACCAUUUGAAAGGCGACAAGAACUUCUAGAAAAUAUGGACAAAGCAUCCAUGGACCAGGAAAUCACCUUACUCAGUAGCAAAGUCGCUGAAAACACGAUAAAUGGAAAACAAAAUAAAGAGACAAAAUCACCUGCUUUUCACCUUUAAACCAAUAAACCUUGUGGGAUCGUCUGUUGCUCAUCUCGCUAUGGUAUUGGUGAUUGAAGGGUAUAUAAACCGAAAAAUAUAGUUUCUGAUCCCUAUUUUAUAAGCAUAAAUACACAUUUGCCAUCACAACAAACUUCAUUACCGAUAUGAUGAUGUGAUUAUAUCUAUAGUUCAGUGCUCACUUUGUGUUUACGAAGUAAACUUACUAACCUGAAAUAAAAUAAAAUAAAAAUUUAAAUGUAAUUUGGAAUAAUCUGAAGAUCAGAGAUCGCUUUCAUGGUCGUUUAUCAUUUUAAAGGCUAUAUUGAUUUGCAGAUUUGUAAAAACGGCAAACUAGGAGCAAUCCUGUUUAAUCCACCAACCUUUAUAAUGAACAAAAUGGUCGGCACCAGAAGCUCUAGAUAUUUUGCGUGUUUUGAAUUCCAGCCUAACUGAAGCUCAAACAAGUUGACGUGCAUGUCGUUAUCUUAACUGUGUCACGUUUACAUUAUGUUUAUCCUGUGUCCAUCGAUAUUGGAAUAGCGUUAAUAAUGUCAUUUCAAUAACAUUUUUUUUUAAAUUAUUCAAUUGUAUUCUUUCACGGCCUAUCGACAAUAAACUUUUGUGUACAUAAUUAA